AUGUCGUUCUUCUUCAAACCAACCAUCACCUUCGACGAGAAUCCCAAGAAAACUUAUCUUCCGGGAGACCGAGUCUCCGGAAUUGUCACCGUGGACAAUGCCAAACCAUUGAAAGCUCGUUCCGUGAUAAUCAACUGGUCUGGAACCACCAAGACUUGGGGAAUCAAGCUCCUUCAUCCAUCGUGCUGCAAGACUCUUUUCAAGAAGAGUGAGAUGGUUUGGUGUGCCAAGGAUGGAGAGAACGAGCUCCCUGCUGGCAAGCACGAGUACCCAUUCUGCUUCGUCUUGCCAAUGGAGUGCCCACCGACUUUCAAGGGCACCAACGGAGAGAACAAGUACAAGGUCGAAGUCGAAAUCGACCGCCCAUGGAACAUCAAGAACCGAGUCGUCGAGAGAUUCAUCGUCAACCGCGACAUGGAGUUUGUCUUCGCCAACGACUUCCCAUGGAUUUACCGUUGCCGCUUCAACUCGGGAAUUAUCUUCCAAUCGGGACCGGUCAUUGUCAAGUGCCACAUGGCAAAACAAGUCUUCAAGCCAGGAGACCCUGUCAAUCUGAUCUUCGACAUCACCAAUAACAGUGGCUCGCGAGUCAAGACUCUUUUCGCUCAACUCGGAAAGCGUACUCACUAUCACUCUCGCAGUCAACCGAGUGCAUGCAGCUUCACCAGAGACUCGUGUCCAUUGAGUGUCGAUCAUCAAAUUCUCAAGAAGACGUACUACGGAAAGCCAAUUCAACUCCCAAUCGACUUGGCUCCACACUCCGAGGGAACCUACAACAUAUCGUUCAAUCUUCCAGUUCGUGCAACUCAGCCAUCUUUCGAGUCGGGACUCAUGUCGUUCGGAUACUUCUUCGGAAUUGGAAUUCGUGUCGCCAACACUUUGUCAGAAACCGUCACAUUCCGUGUAUCGAUUGGAGACCUCGAUGAGGAACGACUCGCCGAGAGAAACAAGGAGCACGAGGCGCUCGGCUUGGAGUUCCCGGAAGCUCCACCAGCCUAUUCUCCAUAA